AUACAUAAUGGCGGUUGGACAUAGUGAAAAUAGAAAAAGUAGCCGCCAACGUGUCAAAAUGGGUUUUUGGUUUUCCUAAACCCACAUAAACCGAUUCUGGAAUUCGGUAGGGGAGGGUGGUGGAGUGGAGAUGGAUAACAGUCCCACCCAGCUGGAUUACUAUCAUGACAUGUGGAACCUCCAAUCUACUGCCACACUUGUUUCUCACUUCAAGGGAGAUGAUGGGAGGCAUGUUUUGAUAUUGGAUCGGACUAUUUUCUAUCCGCAAGGUGGUGGUCAACCGGCAGAUACUGGAUUCGUAUACAUUCAUGACUUAGAUGUCAAGUUUUUGGUUCAUGAUGUUCGAUCAAAAGAUGGAAUUGUUUUACAUUACGGCGUAUUUGAGGGUUUUGGAGAGGAGUUUGAGACCAUACUCAAGAAAGGGAAGGAGGUUUCUCUAUUUGUUGACGAGCAUAGACGAAAAUUGAAUUCUAGGUUGCAUUCAGCAGGGCAUUUGCUUGAUAUUUGUAUGGAAAAAAUUGGAUUAGGUCAUUUAGAGCCCGGAAAAGCUUACCAUUUUUCUGAUGGGCCUUGGGUUGAAUAUAAAGGUGUAAUUCCACCAAAUGAAAUGCAGAAUAAGCAAAAGGAGCUAGAGCUAGAAGCUAAUGCUUUAAUUACCAUGGGUGGGAAAGUUUCUGCUGAUAUAUUACCAUAUGAUGAAGCUGCCAUGCUUUGUGGUGGUAUUCUUCCUGAUUAUGUUUCUAAGGAAAGCACACCUCGCAUUGUGCGGAUAGGAGAUAACCCGGGCUGUCCCUGCGGUGGUACCCAUGUUUUAAAUAUUUCAGACAUUACAAAAGUUAAGGUUUCUCAAAUUCGGUCGAAGAAGGGAUUGACAAAAGUAUAUUACAAUAUCGAAUCUUAGUUAAAUGGUCGAGUCUUCUAUCAAUGAACUGUUUGAGAUUCAUGGCAAUGACUACUCCUGGCUAGGCUAAGGCUAUCUAAAUUUGAAUCAUAGUUGUCUCUUAGAACAACUAUAUUUUAUCUAUUUAUGGUUUAUGGAUGCUGAGUUUGAAAAAGAACAAUAAUGCAAUAACUUUAGUUUGUGAUGACA